AUGGCACAUUGCUCCUUUAAGCCGCUAGAGAGGGGAGGGCCUGAGCUGGCAAAGCAAGGCGAGGCGGGGUUGCGGCUUAUUUUGGCCGGCUGUAGGGAGGGGGAUGAGGCGCCCGGGGCUGAGAAGCUGUUUGCGCUGCGGUGCCGGGAGGUGAAGCAGCAGAACAUCUCCGAGCGCUGCUCUUUCAUUCAGAACAACCCAGACUGCCAGAUGGAGGGUGGGUUUCUCAACUACCUCAACGGAGUCUUCUGCGUCUUCUCAGCGGAUCUACAACCUCUCGCGGUCACCCUCUAUGUUCUGUGGCUCUUCUACCUGUUUCUUAUCCUUGGCGUCACAGCUGAGAAAUUCUUCUGCCCCAAUUUAUCUGCAAUUUCCACCAAGUUGAAGCUGGCCCACAAUGUAGCAGGUGUUACCUUUCUAGCCUUUGGGAAUGGCGCACCAGAUGUCUUCAGUGCUGUGGUGGCUUUCUCCGACCCACGGACAGCUGGCCUAGCCAUUGGAGCCCUCUUCGGUGCUGGCAUCUUCGUCACCACCAUAGUGGCUGGAGGUAUAGCCAUGGUGAGACCUUUCACCACAGCCUCCAGGCCGUUCCUCAGGGAUGCCAUCUUCUAUAUGGUGGCUGUGUUUUUGACCUUCGUGGCUCUCUACUUUGAGAAGGUCACCUUGGCAGAAGCACUGAGUUACAUUGGGCUGUACAUCUUCUACGUCUUGACAGUGGUGGUCUCUACAUGGCUCCACAAGAGGCAGCGCAGGGAGAGGCUGGCCACUUCCACUCCUGCGGAGCCAGAACUUCCAAGAGACUCUGAAGAUGGAGACUCCUCAAGCUUCAGCGGAGGAGACUAUAGGGAAGAAUACCAGCCCUUGCUGCCCUCAGAGGAGAGUACCCUGCAGAUCCUGACGCACUCCAUGAACCCCCUGGAUUACAGGAAAUGGAGGAGGAAACCCUGCUACUGGCGUGUACUCAAGGUCUUUAAGUUGCCAGUGGAGGUGCUGCUGCUGCUGACAGUCCCUAUUGUGGACCCUGACAGGGAGGACCAAAAUUGGAAGCGACCUCUGAACUGCCUGCACUUGGUCACUGGCCCCCUUAUCUGCGUUCUCACACUGAAGUCUGGAGAAUAUGGCUUUUACAAGAUCCAGGCUGUCUUCCCAGUGUGGGGCGUGGUGACCCUAGCAGGGGCCCUCUUGGCUGUGAUUGUCUUCUGCACUACAAGGAAUGAAGAACCACCCCGAUAUCACAUUGGUUUUGCUUUCCUGGGUUUCCUGAUCAGUGCCAUGUGGAUAAAUGCUGCUGCCACAGAAGUGGUGAACAUCUUGAGGACUUUGGGUGUGAUCUUCCGUCUGAGCAACACUGUCCUUGGGCUGACGCUGCUGGCUUGGGGGAACAGCAUAGGGGACACUUUCUCAGACCUCACCAUGGCUCGGCAGGGAUACCCACGCAUGGCCUUUUCUGCUUGCUUUGGAGGCAUUAUCUUCAAUAUGCUUGUUGGAGUUGGACUUGGUUGCCUGCUGCAGAUGACAAACACCAAAUUGGUAGUGAAGCUGGAGUCAGAUGGCCUCCUGGUGUGGAUCUUGGCCGGAGCGCUGGGUCUCAGCUUGGUGUUCUCGUUCCUUGCGGUGCCUGCCCAGUGCUUCCGCCUGAGCCGAGGAUACGGCUGUUGCCUCAUCGUCUACUACCUGGCGUUUUUGACAGUUGCGCUGCUGACAGAGUUCAGGGUGAUCCGGUUGUCCACCUUCUCGUAAAGAGGUCUUUU